AUGGCGUUCGAGACGACUGAAAGCGCUACGAGCUCGUCUCAGUCCCGGCAACUGUCCAGAGUUUCCUCCAACUCCAGAGCUGAGCCUGUCUUGAUGGCCGAGGCUUCUAGCCGGGUUGUUGAGGCGAAGUGGUUCAUAGACUGCACCCUCUUGAAGGAAUGUGCCGCAGAAAAUUUGCAUGGCUUUGCCAAACUCUACCCCGAGCAGUUCGGAGAUGGGCCUGUGGCCAAGAUGCCGAAGACCCAACUUUCGUGGGGUUCCGCAUGCUCUGGAUGCGAGGGUGCCUUGUACGUAGCACAUGCCAUUAAUGCAAGUUUUGCUGGAGCGAAGUGGCCUGUGAGGCUGCAGCACCGCUUCAGUUGUGAGUCCUGCAGAGACAAGCAAAAGUGGGUGCAUGUAGUUUCUGCCUCACACCGUUGCGCGGAUGCUGAUGAGCUGUUCGCAGAUCUGUUUGGGGCAGAUGAUGAGGAUGACGAUGAGAGUCAUCACACUUGCAUCUUUGCAGACAUACAGAACUUAGGAAACGAGACAGCCCAUUGUGUUGUGCACAAUCGAGAAUGCCCGGUCCCGCAGGUGGAUGUGUUCAUGUGCGGUGUGAGCUGCAAAGACGUUUCCCGUCAGAAUCCUGGGCGAGACAUGUCGAAGCAUGUGAUAGCCGAAGGGCACUCGCGUGGCGGAACUGCGCAGACAUGGCAAGGCUUUGCAAGCUACGUUUCCAUCAAGCAGCCGGGUAUUGUGGUGUUUGAGAACGUGGAUGGCCUUGACGACAACGUCGGCCAGACUGCGCAGAGCAACAUGGACGUGGUUGUGCAGACGAUGAAAGGUUUCGGGUAUGAGGCUCAGCCAAUGAUGACUGAUGCUCAUGAGUUUGGAUGCCCAUCCAAACGGCGCCGGCCUGCUGCCAACUGGGUAGAGCAACACUUGAAGGCCAGUGAAACCUUAGGCGUUCGAUGGGGCCAACCGGCAGGUCGGGAAUUGGAGAGCAGCCCAUGGUUUCGAACCUUGACAGACCGUGAAAAGGAUGCCUUGGUGCUUUCCCGGUCCCACGCGCCGCAGGCAGGCUUCCGCAACCUGAGCCAGUCUUUGAACCGCAUCCACACCAUGACGCUGGCUGAGGGGUGUACAAAGCAUGUUGCGCCUACCAUGCUCCCUGGACAGAUUCUUUUUGUUGAACUUGUGAGACCUCCAAGGCUUCUGCUCGGGAGGGAAGCUUUGAUCCUGCAAGGGUUUCCGGUCGAGACUUUCUUGCGCGACAUGGAUGUGGCUGGAUACAACGCUUGUGACGAUCCAUUUCCCAAUCUUGCAGGCGAUAGUGCGAAGAAGCGCAAAAAAAGAAUGAAUGACAAGCCUUGGCUGACGGAAGCCCUCAUGAUGGAUCUGGCAGGCAACUCCUUUUCGUUUCCGGUUUUGCUCGCGGUGUGGCAGUCUGCUGUUUGCGCAGUGGAUUACCGUGCAGCCACUGAGACGGUGAAGGUUGCAGAUGUUGAAGAAGCUAUGGAUGCAUUGGCUUUUCUCGUGUCUUUGUGA